CACAUGUUUACAUUAGAGGGGAAGAAUGGACAAUUUGACGUGAUCGCCAACACAAUCGAUAACAGACAACAAAGAUGACUAUUUUUGGACAAAUGAGGAUUCACAACUUUAUAUUUUUGAAGCUGAAUAUACUGAGGCUUAUAGAAAAGAUACACACACACACUCGCUUAUCACCAGGAGGACAAAGUGUCAGCUGUAUGAGAUGACAACAAGUCCACUCCUGCUGAUUUCUUAGGCCUGUCGUCACACAAUGGCGUCCACCGUGUCGCCUGUAACCGCCAGCAUUUUCGUCCCCUCGCCGCCCCGUCCGACCGUCUGGCCUCCUCUGGACUUUGCCCUCGGUGCCUUGGCGUGCUGCGCCGCCUGCGUCUUCACCAACCCUCUAGAGGUGGUCAAGACGCGCUUGCAGCUUCAAGGAGAGCUGCGUGCAGCUGGAACCUACCAGAGGCACUACCGCGGGGUCCUCCAGGCUCUGUGGGUGGUGGGGUGCACAGACGGGCUGCGGGGUCUGCAGAAGGGGCUCUCAGUGGGGUUGGUGUACCAGGGGGUGAUGAACGGGGUGAGGCUGGGCUCCUAUUCUUAUUGCGAAGCCCUGGGCGUCACCUCGUACCAUGGAGGAAGUGUCCUGUCAGGCGCGGGGGCCGGAGCCCUCGGAGCGGUCGUUGCUUCUCCUGCUUACCUGGUGAAGACGCACCUGCAGGCUCAAACAGUGGAAGCAAUUGCAGUCGGCCAUCAGCAUAACCAUCUGGGAGCGUCCAGUGCCUUUGUCACCAUAUACAGAAAAGAGGGCUUACUCGGACUCUGGAGGGGUGUGAACGGAGCCGUGCCUCGAGUCGCCGUCGGCUCAGCUGCUCAACUGGCAACCUUCACCUCGGCCAAGGAGUGGGUCACACAUUCCCAGUGGUUCGGCCCUGGCAGCUGGCUCACGGCUUUGAUGGCUGCCAGCAUCAGCGGGGUCGCUGUGGCCAUCACAAUGACACCUUUUGACGUCAUCAGCACGCGACUCUACAAUCAGCCGGUGGAUGAGUUUCACGAGGGCCGCCUCUACCGGGGCUUUUGGGAUUGCAUGCUGAAGGUGUGCCGGGCUGAAGGCCUGCUGGGUCUAUACAAAGGCAUGGGUCCGGUCUUCCUCCGCUUGGCUCCUCACACAGUUCUCAGCAUGCUCUUCUGGGACGUAUUGAGGGAACAGACCGUAAAAGAACAGCAGGGCCCGGGGUCGGACUGAACAGGACCCAAACACUACAUCAAUAUUGCAUACUUUUGAAGGAAAAGAAAACUUUCUCGACCAACUAAAUAAUGAUGCUGCUCGGCUUUGAGAAGCUCCUGUAAAAUGCAUGAAGUGUGAUGAUAUUAACUCAAGUUGUUAAUCAGUGGCAUUAACGUCUGCCUGAAUGAUGACAAAGUCAUAUUUUGUACUUUUUUUUUCCAACGGCAGUUUUAGAUAUGGACCACAUUGGCAGCAUUCUUUAGGGGGCGCCGCAAGGAUGAGGGGUAAGAAAAGUUCCUAUUUAUUGGUAUUCGGCGCUUAUUUGGCACUCUGUGUGGGCCGGAUAGCAAAGCAAGUCACAAAAGUUAGAAGACUUUCAAUAUUAGUUCAAAGAGGGGUCUGGCACAGGGCGCCAUUGAAACUAGAACCAGUACAGUAGGCAACCUGUAUCCUACAAUCAGUCCGAUACAGUUUGGUACUUGAUAUGAACUUACAGUACUUAGUGCCAAAGUGAAGAAUAAGAAAGAUUUUGGACUGGUUGUCACGUGACUAAGAUUAUGUUUUAGCGAUACUGCACAUUUUGGUAUUGAUCUGACACCAAGUAAAUAAAGGGACAGUAUUGCCGAUACCGAUAGUUUUACUUAGAAAUUUUUGUAAUUUUUUUGUAAUUUUGCCUUUCUUUUUUUAUCAUGAUUUUAAUCACUCAAAGAUUUUAGGCAAAUACAAAUGUUUUGAUCAAC